ACAAGGCGAUGAGCUGCGAGGUUCGAAGUGUAACCUAUAGUCCUCGUUGGAGUAGGGUUCUAUAAGGAGCAGGGUCCUAUGCAGUGAUAGCCAUUCCGCGUGAUCUAGACGAGCCAACGAAAAUAGGCAUCCGGAGAAAUGCAGUCAGAGUUCGAAAAGGACUUCCAUGCGCGGCCGGGAAUUUUGGUGUUGUAGCUCCUUGCUCAACGCCGAAAGGGGCGGUGCUCGCGGAGACAAGUAAAGACAACUAUGGAGCCCGGAAAGGACACUGCCUGGGUAGGUAGGAACAUAUAAGGGGCUUCAACGCCCAGGUAUCAGAACUAGUUUGAUCAGACAAUCCACAGAACAAUCUCAUCCCUCAGACACUUGUCUUCUCUGCCUCGAUUAUAACACAAGAACACUUGCUCUAUAUUCCAUAUCCUUCACGAAGCACUCGCUCGUCGCGAAAACAAAUCGUACCAACAACUUCCUAUAUAUCAUCACUAUUCAAAAUGCCACUCACUCUUUGGAGAGACAUUUCGCCCGUUGGCCAAACCCUUCGACAACCUACUAGCAAAUCUCCACAUGUGCUGGUAGUUGGUGGAGGUGUCACUGGACUGAUAUCAUCUUGGGUGCUUCUCGACCGAGGUUACCGCGUUACCAUCGUUAGCAGCGCAUGGGCCAACGACGAACAACGUUUGACAUCCCAGAUAGCCGGUGCUCUCUGGGAAUUCCCGCCGGCUGUUUGCGGUCAACACACAGACAAGAUCUCUCUUGCCCACUCGAAGCAUUGGUCAAUGACUUCAUACCACAUCUGGGAUGGAAUUGCGUCCAUCCCCGCUCUGAGCGAAGCGUCCGGCGUGCGCAUGAUGCCAUCGGACUUUUUCUUUCCUGAUCCCGUAGACAGCGACAAGAGCCAAGUUACCAAGAUGACCGAGAUCAUGGCUAGCGGGGUGAAGGGCUUCUACAGGGGAGCGGACAUAAUGGAUGAAAGGGGAAUUGACCCAUCAUACGGAGCCGUUGAUGCAUACGAGCUUAUGGCCCCGGUCAUCGAUACCGACAAGGCCAUGGGGUGGCUGAUGGAGCUCGUCGAGAGCAAGGGAGCCAACCUUGUUACCGAAACGAUCCAGGAUGACCUUGUCGAGAUCGAGGACUCACUACGGGCCCGCUUUGAAGCCGAUGUCAUCGUCAACUGCACCGGCAUGCAAGGGCAAGUACUCGCCGGCGACGAGAGUGUCUAUCCCAUCAGGGGUGGUCUCAUUCGAGUCAUCAACGACGGGUCGGACUUCCCGAAGGUGGAAGCAGCUCUGACCAUCACGGCAGACGCGGCUCACUCCACUAACGAAAUCAUCUUCCUCGUACCUAGGAAUGACAAUAUUCUCUUGAUCGGCGGUAUAACCGAGCCGCAUGAGUGGAAUCUGGACCUGACACUAGACACGCCUAUCAUUCGCCGGAUGCGGGAGAGGUGCGAGAAAUUCCUGCCUGGCUUAGAAAACGCACGCCUCGACCCCGAGUAUCCGCUGGCGCAAGGUCUACGCCCUUUCCGAGGCCAUAAUGUGAGAGUUGAGCGCGAGCUUCGUCGAACGGGAAGCCGUAUCGUACAUUCCUAUGGGCACGGUGGAGCUGGCUGGAGUCUGUCAUUUGGUUGUGCUCAAGACGUCGCGAUGCUGGUAGACGAGGCCCUCGAUGGUAUCCCAGCUCGACCUAUGAGCGAGACUGUCUUCGAGAGAAAAUCAGGGGGUUUCCAAAGGCCCCACCAACAACGCUGAUGAUUCCAAGCCAUUUGAUUCGCCAAUGAGGCUUUCCUUCAUGCACGUUAUUUCUUCCGUCAUUUUCUAUGGGCGGUGGGGUUUUCUUGGGGAGGGGGGGAGGAGGCUCGGCGUAACAAGUCUACAGAUGGUGUUCU